GCUCCCGGUGUCCUGACGUCUGCCUCCAACACCGCAACAUGACGAAGAAGCUGCAGAAUCCAAGCUGUGCGGAUGAAGGGAAGACUCGGAAAAGGAUCCUGAAACCAGUUGUUGAGAAGAAGAGGAGAGAUCGAAUCAAUCAAAGUCUCGCCGAGCUGAGACACUUGCUGUUAGAUCACACCGCCGAUCCACGUCUGCAGAAUUCCAAACUAGAGAAAGCAGAGAUUUUGGACUUGACUGUGGAAUAUCUUCGGAAAUGGACAGAAGGGAAGAACUUCAUUAGUGGUUCUACUGAUGGUCCCACAGAGGCCCGGAACCUGCGCGGCCCAGAGCCCGGCGCUCGUGCCCUCUCCGCCGUGGAGAGCGCCGGCUUCCAGCGGUGCGUGGCCCGGCUGCACGGCUACAUACACAGAAUGAGCCCGGAGCAGAGGGCCGGCCUGAUGGAGGGCAUGAAGCGUCACGCGGGCGCCCGGCAGCCGGGACCAGAAUCGGGCCAGAACGUGGCAGACGACGCCGCGUCCCUGGGCUCCGUCUGCACAUCUGAGAGCGGACGAGAGGAGGCGCCUCCGCCGCUCCCGUCGCUCUCCCCGUUCCAGCCUCACUCCUGCUCCACACCCGGCCACGACUUUCUCUCCCCGCCUCCCUCCCCCUGGUUCUCACCUUCUUUCUCCACGUACGCCCUCUCCCCGACUUUCCCGUCAUUUGCCUCUCACUUCUCCCACCCCCCCUGCCUGUCGCCCCCGUCCUCCAACACCUCCUUCCUUCACGUCUCACCCACAGGUCCUCACACUGGGCCUUCUGCCUUUCACUUCCCUCCACUCACCACAGUGCGAUCCUCUCCUCACCUGACACAGAGGCUGGCGUCGCCGCCGAGCUCCGCCGCCAUGUGGAGACCUUGGAGCAGAGACUGACAGGUUUGGAGCAGCAGAACCAGAACCGCAGGACUUAACCACCUACAACUAACCUUCAUGCCAGGGAUGUACAGUGUAUAUAUGAGCAAAGCGAUCUUUAUUUUAUAUUUCUCUUGUGAAUAAAAUGUGUUCGAUCCUGUGAAAGUCUGUGUCUGUGUUUAUUGACUUCUUUAUUUUAAAUCAUACAAAUCAUGCAAAGAUAACCUAAACAGACAAACAAAUACAUUUAUUUACUCUACUCUACUCUACAUUACUAUUAAUUGUUAGAACUCAAUGUUUCUUUCAUAUUGUAGCCUGUGAUUGGAUUUUACCUGAGUAAGAGGAACAUGUCCAAUUUUGGAGGAUUUAACUGCUA